AAUGAUGCGCAUGCGCAGUGUGCUCACUGAUUUUCUGUUGAGUUGAGGCGCUCGCCAUUUUUAUCAAUUAAAUUUAUUUAAUCGGUGCAAGGUUCUUUACAAUCAUCCAUAUUUUUGGACUGUUAUGGUUUGAUGGGCAUCUGUGCUGGCUUCUUCCUACACUACACACUGUUGCUGGGCGCUGCUCCAUCUGCACUGUUCAAAGUGGUGUGCCUGAUCUCUGCGUACUGGCAGUAGCCAGCCACGGCCGCAGUGCUGUGUGUGACGGGACCGGUGUGUGGUGGCGGUGUGGACGGUGUUAGCCGCCGGUGCAGUGCAGUGGCCAGGUGACGGCUCGCGGCGCCCACCUGUGCCCGGCGGCCGGCGCCGCGGGUGAUGAGCAGCCGUGUGGCCGGCGGCGGCUGGGCUCCCAGGCCUCCCCCGGCGGCGGCCGCCGCUGACGGCGCCAUGUCGGUGAGCGCCAGCCUGCGCACGCCGCUGCAGACGGUGCCCGAGGCGCUCACCACCGACCAUGUCUCCUCCAGCAAGGCCAACAAGGAAUCCUCGCGGAGUAGACCCGACUCUGAGCCCCACAUCGGAAAGUACCAGCUCCUGAAGACCAUCGGCAAGGGCAACUUUGCCAAGGUCAAGCUGGCCAAGCACCUGCCGACCGGCGAGGAGGUCGCUAUCAAAAUCAUAGACAAAACGCAAUUGAAUCCGGGUAGUCUACAAAAGCUCUUCCGAGAGGUUCGAAUAAUGAAGAUGCUCGAUCACCCCAGUAUAGUGAAACUAUACCAGGUGAUCGAGACGAAGAAGACUCUGUACCUGGUGAUGGAGUACGCCUCGGGCGGCGAGGUGUUUGACUACCUCGUCUUCCACGGACGCAUGAAGGAGAAGGAGGCGCGACUCAAGUUCCGGCAGAUCGUCUCCGCCGUCCAGUACUGCCACCAGAAGAAAAUCAUCCACAGGGAUCUCAAGGCGGAGAACCUCCUGUUGGACAGCAAUAUGAACAUCAAGAUCGCCGACUUUGGCUUCAGUAACGAGUUCACUGUGGGCAGCAAGCUGGACACGUUCUGCGGCAGCCCGCCGUACGCCGCGCCCGAGCUCUUCCAGGGUAAGAAGUACGACGGCCCGGAGGUGGACGUCUGGUCCCUGGGAGUGAUUCUCUACACACUGGUCAGCGGAUCUCUCCCGUUCGACGGCUCCAACCUCAAGGACCUGCGCGAGCGGGUGCUGCGCGGCAAGUACCGCAUCCCGUUCUACAUGUCCACCGACUGCGAGAACCUCCUGAGGAAGUUCCUGGUGCUGAACCCGGCCAAACGGGCCAGCCUCUCGACGAUCAUGCGGGACAAGUGGAUGAACUCUGGCUGUAAUGAGGAGGAGCUGAAGCCGUACGUGGAGCCCGAGCACUGCAUGGACGACCCGCGCCGGAUAGAACAGCUGGUGGCGCUCGGCUAUGCGCGGUCAGACAUCGAAACCAGUCUCAAGGAGGGCAAGUUCGACGAUAUCUACGCCACCUACCUGCUGAUGGGCCGCCGGGCUGCCGAUCUGGAGUCGGACGGCUCUCAGUCGGGCUCCUCACUGUCGCUGCGGCACCUGACGGGUCCGGCUGCCGGCCCGCCGCCCACCAGCCGCCAGUCGCCGCCCCACCACAAGGUGCACCGGUCCAUCUCGGCCACCUCAAACAGCAAGCCGAGCCGGCGCGCCUCCUCGGGCGGCGAGACGGUGCCGGGCGCGGCCCCGGCCGGCUCGGCGGCGCCCACCUCCACGGGCGCCGCGGCCGCCGCGCCGGCCACCACCGGCUCACCGGCCGCCUCCACCGCCAGCGUCACCAGCAAACGGCUGAGCGGCUCGGCGACCAGCCACUCGGUGCCCGCCAACCACACCCACUUCAAACGGCAAAACACGGUGGACCCGGCCACCAUCAAAGAGACGCGCCAGGCGGCCAGCCGAGCCGCCGCCGGCGCCGGAGACUCUGAGCAGCCCAGUUCUCUGCCCAGCCCGGCCAAACCGCGCGCGCUGCCCAAGGUGUUCACUCCGACGGCGGCCAACCGGACGAUCGGCCCCAGUGCCGGCCGGCGCUCGACGCUCGGUACUGAGACGCGGCCGGCCAGCGCCUCUGCCGAGGGCCGCACCCCCUCACUGCAGGCGGCCGGAGACCUGAGCUCCGGCGGCGGCGGCGACACGGCCCGGCCGGCGAGGGGACACGUCAAGUCGGCGUCGGUAUCGUCAGGGGCGCCGGCCGAGUCGGCGGCAGCCCGCUCGCCGUCAGAACUGCGGCCCAGCAGCGCCGGUCGGACGGCGCCGCCUCUCUCGCCGGGCGCCGCGCCGCGCAGUGCUCCGUUCAGCCGCAACAUCCCGAGUCGGUCGACGUUCCACUCGGGUCAGACGCGGGCGGCCGGCUACCGCGCGGCCGGCUACAGCCCGCACCACGACAGCGGCGGCCUCGGAUCGGCCAACCGGACCUCCUUCUUCUCCAAACUGUCGUCGAAGUUCGCCAAGCGGCCCGGCGACGUGGGAGCCGGCACGGCCACGCUGACGCCCACGCCGGCCCGCUCGGCCACCGCUGACAGGCCACCGGCGGCUGCGUCGCCCGCGGGGUCACUCGGAGUCGCCUCCAACGGCGAGCCGGAGCCGGUCAAACCGCGCAGUCUACGCUUCACCUGGAGCAUGAAGACCACUUCAUCCAGGGACCCGCACGAGAUCAUGAACGAAAUCAGAAAGGUGCUGGACGCCAACAACUGUGACUACGAGCAGCGGGAGAAGUUUCUGCUGCUCUGCGUGCACGGCGACCCGCGCACCGACUCGCUGGUCCAGUGGGAGAUCGAGGUCUGCAAGCUGCCGCGCCUCUCGCUCAACGGCGUCCGCUUCAAACGCAUCUCGGGCACCUCGAUCGGCUUCAAGAACAUUGCCAGCAAGGUGGCCAACGAGCUGCGUCUCUGACCCGUGCAGGAGCCGGCCGACGAGUGCUGGUGCAGCGGGGCGCGUGCCGAGCCGCCGCCGCCGCCGCCGCCGCGCCGCCGCCCCGCCCGCUGAGCCGGCCCGCACGCACGCGCAGAGUCACCCUUACCGCCGCGCCGGCGGGCGGCACUCGGCCGGCCGGCCGGCCGGACUAGCUGCAGACACGCCCGCCCGUCUUGAUGAUUUUUACACUAGUAGAUUAUUUAUCAGUACCAGGUGCGACCAUGGCAGCCGGCGUCGGCGGCCGCCGUCUCGCUGCCGCAUUCAGAUCUGUUUUCGGUGCUGACGCGGGCGCCCCGCGUCACCGCGUUAUUUUACAGUUCGACUGUGCUUGGUCUCCUCGAAUGGCGUAGCGCGCGCGCUCGCGCCGGCGCGACGCUGCUCCGCGAAUGGGUGACAGCGCGCGCCGCGCCCCACGCGCCACCUGAGGAGACUUGUCGCGCGAGUGUGCAAGGAGAGCGAGAGAGACAGAACGAGCGAGCGAGAGUCGAGCGCGUGACAGACAGCUAUUGUAUGAGAGCGAGAGCGAGCGCGGGCGAUGGACUAGGAUGUGUCGGCGACGCCCCGGCGCGGUCGACCGUGUGAUACGUUGUUGCUGCGCGUGCAGCGGUGGCGCCCAGACCUGUCUGCGCCACAGAGCAAUGACGCGAUUCUACUGUGUUGGGUUUCUGUUAUUUCUGUGUACAGAUCGCUAAUAGCCCUAAAAUACAUGUGCUAAAGUGAGGUGUCAGCGA